CAAGUCAGGGGCUAUGGAGCUUCCGUAAGUAAGCCUUGUACCAGUUCCUUGUGGCUCAACUUGUUAGUCACUAUGUUCCUCUAGGUUUACCAUUACUGAGCAAGACCAUGGACGACAUCCGUCCUCUCGCCGCUUCCUCUCCCACCCUCUGUCCUCGUGGGCGGGGGGUUUUUUCAGCCAAGGCGGUACUGCAGCCGCCAGCUUUAUGAUUUCAGUGGGUCGGCUUCGCCCAUGGGGCAAGCUUGGGAGGGGUCGGGUGGGAUGGGUCCUGGAUUCGCCGCUAAGCAGCAUCACUGGGCAAACCAGUAUCCCCCCACUCUGCAGCAGCAGCAGCAGCAGCAGCAACCUCGGCGGCGGCGGCGGCAGCAGCAUCAGCAGCAGCAGCAGCAGUUCCAGGAGCAGCCAUCGUAUCCGGUCCCGUCAGGCGUUAGCUAUGUGCCUGGUAGAUCCGAUUGCUUGCUAGCUACUGGGCAACCGGCCCCUCCUCAACUACCCACACCCUCCUCCCUGGUCCCUGUCGUCUCCUCUGCGUGUGUCUCUCAGCCUUCUCUUCCUCCUUCAGGUCAAUCCCCUCAUUGGUCCUCCGCCUUCGUGUCAUCUCUCCCUGCGUUCACGUCGUCUCACGAUCCUUCCUUCCCUUCUGGAAACCCUAGUUCUUUCGUGUCCUCUCACCUCCUUGCUCCGUCGUGUGUCGCAAGUCAGGUGCCAUCUCGUCCCGUGUCAGUUACCUCCUCUGCUUUCGUUCGUUAUCGUCGGCCUUCGUCUCUUCGUGAAUUACCUCCUUGUCGCGCGAGUCAGGCGGUGACCCCUGCUCUUCGCCUGACCAUCGGCCUCCGUUCCUUUUAUGGCGGAAUAGCGCACGCAGCUGCAUCGCGUUCCAAAAGCUUUCUCCAGCAGCAGCAGGAGCAGCAGCAGCAGCAGUCGGUAGCAUCAAGGGCAGCUGCUGCACAGUUUUCGGGUUUCGUAGGAUCCUCAUCGGGAAAUAAUUUCGUGCAUAGCUCAGUCAGUCCUCAUCGUGACGUUAUAGAAGUGAAAGCGGCUGGUUCUUCUGCAGCAGGUGAUCCAAUGGCAAACGGUGCUGCUGUCACUGGCACGCCGUGGCACGGCUCCUACGUGGGGUGGUCCGGCAGCAAGCACAGUGACGCAGCCGUUAGUGGUUACAUUCCAACAGCAGGCGAUGAUUCUUCGAGUCCGUAUUAUCCGGAGUCUGCUGGAGUCAACCAAGAUGGUUGUUACGUCCGGUAUUCCGACUUCACUCUCCCCGAAGGCCAACUCCACGUUGGUCCGCAUCUUCCGCUCCUUGCCGGCCGCUUUCGCUUCCUCCAGUCGCUCUCGGAAGGCGGCUCGGCGCGCGUGUUCGUGGCGGAGGACACGUGGCACCCGUCGCAGAGGACGGUGGUGGUGAAGGCGAUGCACCGGCAUUACCGCGAGGUGGGCUUGCAGGAGCAGCAGCUGCUCCGCUUCCUCAACACCAUCGUGGAUCCCGACGACUCCUGCCGCAUCGUGCGUCUCCUCGCGGGCUUCGAGUUUCACGGCCACACGUGCCUCGUGCUAGAGCGCCUUCAGGGCAGUCUCCUCGAGCACAUGUGCCGCCCUGCCGACUCUCCUGGCUCCGCUGCCGCCGCCGCCUCCGCCGCUUCUGCCGCCGCUUCGGCGGCGAACGUCGCUGUGGUUGCAGUUGCUGCGGCUGGGAUGGCGCCGGGUUCGGUCGAGUCGGCGGCAGGAGGGGUGAGCGAUCCGGUUGGCGCGGCUGCAGCGGCUGUGUCUGCGGCGGCGAGUGCCGCUGAGGUGGCAGCGGAGGCGGCGGCAGCUCGUCUGGAGGAGAUCCGGAGCCUGGCUCACGAUCUGAUCGUGUCGAUCGCUGCGCUGCACGCGUCUGGCAUCAUCCACGGGGAUCUCAAACCGGAAAACAUCCUCAUGCAGCCCCUCCCUCACCCCCCUUCCCGCCAUCGCUCUUCCACCUCCGAUCCCUAUGUCCGCUAUGGCGCGUCUGACUUCUCCCGCUUCCUUUCCACCCCCUCUACCUCUUCUCUUGUCUCCCCCGGCGGUACUGUGCCUGCCGACGCAGCCGCGCCAGGAGCUGGCCACGGCUACUCGCAAUACCCUGCAUCCCGUGCCCUCCUCUCUGCCUCUGUCGGCGAUCUCAAUGCGUCGCCCUGGACGGGUGGAUUGACGGAUUCUCAGGUGCGAGCCGCAGCAACUGCAGCGGAGGGGUCGAUGGCGGCAGGAGGGUCUUCAGCGUGGGGCAACGCGCACGAGUCUCGGGUGCCGUCGGGUUACCCUCUGCCUCAUAUCGGCAGCAGCGGCACUAGCAGCGGCGCUGGCGCUGCGUCGCUGGCUCCGCAGGUGACGGCGAAGAUCGCGGAUUUCGGCAACUCGUUCACGCCGGAGCAGAUCCGCACGCUGUGCCACGACUACAACGUGCAGACUCUGGCGUAUCGCGCGCCCGAGGUGCUGCUGGGGGUGCCGUUCUCCGCCGCCAUCGACCUCUGGUCGCUGGGCUGCAUCCUGGCGGAGCUUGCGACGGGCCAGCUGCUCUUCGCGUGCGAGUCCCCGCAGCACCUGCUGCAGCAGAUGGUCGCGCUGCUCGGCGUCGCCCCCCCCGCGUGCCUCUUCGGCUCGGGGAAGUUCUUUCCGAAGCUCACGGCGGCGGCGGGCGUGCCGCGCGUGUGCUGCUGCCGCGCGGAAGGGGGCGGCGGAAUGGCUGUGUGCUUCCGCGGAUGCAAUGGCGGAGGGGGUUGGUAUGGCGGGGUUGCGGACGGGUGCAGUGGAUACUGCGCGCCGAUGGCCUUCAACAUCUUCGCUCCAGGCCACUCGCACCUGGGCGACGCCCUGGCGGCCGUGGACGCGCAGCUGGCGGACCUGGUGGCGGGGCUGCUGCAGUACGACCCGCGCGUGCGACUCUCCGCGCAGCAGGCGCUCUCACACCCUUUCCUGAAGCCGCUGCGCUGCUCUUCCUCCUCCUCCUCCCUCUCCUCCAAAGACUUCUCGCACCCUCUCACUCCCUGCACUGUGCUCCCCACGCCCGCUCUCGCCUCCCCUCUCACCCUCUACUCCUAUCACCCCAACGUGCACGCGAUGUCCGUGCCGUCUCUCCUCCUGCCUCCGUCCUUCACCACCGGUUCCUCCUGGACCCUUUCCACUGCCGACGCUGCUGCUGCUGCCACGCCAGUAUUAGCAACAGCGGAAGCGGCAGCGGCUGCGGCGGCGGCAGGAGCAGGGGGUGCUGGUGGGCGCGCAGGAGCUGCUGCUGCGGCGGGGGUGCCGUGCGCAAGCGAGGAGGGCGGCGGUGUGGCUGCGCGUGGUGUUGCGCUGGGAGGAGGCCAGCAGGGGUCGGGUUCCGCGGCGGCACAUGGGCUCUGGUCGCUGCAGCAGGCAGCAGCGGUCGCUCAGGCUGGGGCAGCAGCGCCAUGCAAGGCAUUGCUGCAGCAGCCGCAGCAGCACCAGCAGCAGCAGCAGGAGGAGGGGGAAGGGCAUGGGCAGGGGCAUGUUUCACCGUGGGGCAGUGUGAUGGAUGGUUUGGGAACGGAAAUGAGGAACGGUGCAGGCGGCGAGGCAAACGGUCUGUAUGCAGCAGCGUCAGCUGCAGCGAUGGCGGACGCAGCAGCAGCGGCAGGGAUGGGUGCAGGGGCGAAUGAGAACACCAGUGGAGGGCACGGGUGGUGGAGUGAGGGCUUGGGCGGAGGCCCUUGGUUUGGGGCACAGCAGGGUUCCGGCACUGACGCUGAUGCCAGCCCCGCUGCUGCUGCAUCUGCAGCCAUGGCGUCAGCUGCUGCUGCGGCUGCAGUGUCCGCGGCCUCUGCUGGCGCAGCGGCAGCGGCUGCAGUGGCAGCGAAUGCGGAGGCUCAGGCGUUGCAGCAAGCCAUGUCGAGCAGUGCAGCAGCGGCCGCAAUGAUGAGUUGCUACGGGUACGGGAUUGCGGAGAUCCAGGAAGGUGCGUACUUGCAGGGCGGAGCGGCGUACACGCCUGAGGGCGUGUUUCUCCCGCACUCGCACAUCGUUCCUCUGACGCCGGACCACCUCUCGCUGGGCACUGCGGCGCCCUCCACGGCAGAACAGGUUCACACUUACUACAUGGGCUUCACACCUGGCCGUGCUGGCUGCGGCGCACCCGGCAACCCCAAGGGCCUCGUGUUUGAGCCUCUGAGUCCCAUGCCAGGCCGCGGUGGGGCGGGCGGGGUGGGUGAGCGGGAAUCACGUGGGCUAGUGGGCGUGGCGAGCACCGAGCUGCUGUUGGCGCCGCUCACUCCCAGCCAAACCAGGGAGGGACACGUGGUGGGGUGGGAGAGCGUGACGGCAGCUGGCAGGAAGGCGGGAGGGGGUGGUGCCAGGGGUGUUGGAGCAGGGGCAGGGGCAGGGGCUGGGGUUGGAGCUGGGGAAUGUACGGGUGUAGGUACGGGGGCGGGAUCAGGAGCAGAAAUGGGUUCGGGGAUGAGCUAUGGUGAGCAGAUGUAUGAGGUGUAUGAGGCGCAGCAGAUGGGUGCACAGCAGUACGCGGCAGGUGGUUAUGAGGGACAGCAGCAGCAACAGCAUCAGCAUCAGCUGCAGCAGCAGUAUCUCCAAUACCUGCAGCAGGGGGAAUACCAACAGCAAGUCGAGUACCAGCAGCAGCAGCAGCAGCAGCAGCAGGAGGAGAGGGAACAGCAGCACACUGGGCUUAUGGGAUACGCCCAUGGAGCAUGUGGCAUCAACAGCAACGCCGGGGAUAGCUGGAUGAAUCAGGGAGCAACUUUUGUGGGAGAGGCGGGAACAGCAAGGGCAUAUGGCGAGGAGGGCAAGUGGGUGGGGGGGAGGAUGGGGGGCGCAUGUGGAGUGGAGUACAGCGAGGCGCCGUGGCUUGUUGCACAUGGCGCCAUGGGAGCCUGCACGCCGGCGACUGUCAGGCUUGGCUGGUGAAGUCACAAGCACUGCAACGGCAGCAGAGCUGAAGCAGUUUGGGCUGUGGGGAAACAAGAACAGAAGUGGAAGAGUCAGGAGAAGGCACGAUAAGGCGCUGCUGCGUUAUGUGGUCCUUCCUAGGCAUCCACUCCACUGUCCUCGAUUCAUCUCGCAUCACCCUGUUGUUUUGACAUGGCUGUAUUGGGGUUUCUGGCCCUUUUUCAUAUUUCCGCUACAUGUCUGCUGCAAGUGAACCUUGUAACCAUUUGCUGAUUUCAUUGUUAGUCAGCAGCAUCCGCACUCUCUUCCUUGCCCAUUCU